ACAGAAAGUAGAAUGGCAGUUCCAGGAGCUGGGAGGAGGGGGAAUAGGAUAUUAGUAUUUUAUGAGUACAGAGUUUCAGUUUUGCAAGAUCACAUUUUGGAGAGGUUUGGUGGUGAUGGUUGCACAACAAUGUAACUAUAUUUAAUGCCACAAAACUGUACACUUCAAACGAUUAAUUAGCUAAAUUUUAUGUUAUGUAUAUUUUGCUGCAAUUAAAAUUUUUUUAAGUGAGGUAUCUAUAAAGAAAGGUGAGAAAAUAUUCAAGAUAUAAAGACAACAAAAUCCAGAGCAAGUAUAUAAGGCCUGUUUCCUUCUGUUGAAAUAUAUAAAAAUGUUCAACAGAAGAUCCCAGGAUAGGAAAGAUGUGAAAUUCUAGACUGGAUCAUCAGGUCCGACGGAUUUACACAGAAGGCGGCCAAGAAUCUGUCUCCCCAGCCUUCACCCCUCACUGACUGUGGGAAAAUAAAGAGCUUGGGGCUUGGGAAGGAGCUGUUGCAGGAGGAGCGGCAGCUCCAGCUAUGAGACCUUACCCAGAGGGGGCCACUCCUGCACCUCCACAUACCAGGCAGGGGACCUGGAAGGGUUUGGAAAUCAGAUGUGGGCUGGGGUGGGGGUAGCUUGCAGUGGUCAGUUUGGGUCUUGUCCCCUAGGGCCUCCUGGAGGGUAAAGUGGUCUUAGCAGCAAGAAGCUGGAGUUGGAUGUUGGAUUCCUGACGGCCAAGGAAGGACUUGCAAGGGACCUCUAGAAGGAGAGGUGCAUCCGCCACAGGGUUAAGAGUGAGGGAGCUCUGCAGCCAUGGCCAUCUGUGGGACAUCUGUGACACGGUCAGCUGGAAGCCAGCAGGAUGGCGGCAGCUCAGAUGGAGAAACUGAGACCCAGAGAAGCAAAAGGGUGUGUCCCAGAUGCCAAGGACAGCAGCCGUGGGGGGAGUCGCCUCCACGCUCACAAUCCCCGUCUUGCCACUAUAUCAAGUCACACUUCUUCCUCACCGAUCACCCAUUCUGGAACCUCUGCUGUCCAGCUAGAUCACUUUGAGGUUUGGACUACUACUGGUGGAGGUAACGGGGGCCCAGACAGCCCUUGACAUCACCUCUUUUAUCUUUGCCAAAUUCUACAAACAAAGCCCAUGUCUUUUCAUCCCCUGCCCUCAUGGCUGGGACAUCGUUGAUGUCCCCAAAUCUUGGUGGUGUGAACUUGUAUGUCUCACCUUUCACAGACAUCACCAUUUCCCAUUGCACAGAAGGCUCUGCUCAUACCAGGCACUUUGGCUCCCAGAAUAAGCAGGCUAUCAUGCUAUGUCCGACAUCUAGGCGUUGGUACGUGCUGUUCCCUUGGCCUGGAACAUUCUGCCCUCUCUCACCCUCUCUUUUCUUGGCUUUCUGAAAUGGCACCUCCAUCAGAAAGCGUCCCAUACUCUUGGUCUGAGCAAGGGACCUUGCCUGGUAUUCCUGAACUUCCACCUGCUUUCCCUCUGUUUUCUCCCUCUCUGGGCCUUGUGCUCAGGUCAGUGUUAUGCCUUCAGCUCCUGCAGAGGUGACUUCAGAGGUGGCUGAAUGAAACCAAAUGGAUUUGGCUCGACCGCAUCAUCUAGCAGUGCCCAGCAAGCACCGGCACACAGUAGGUCCAGCCUGCCCGGACUCGCCCACCACGGGCCCCCUUCCAGAGCUGGGAGGCAGGCCAAGGGAGGUCCCUUAUUGCCAAGAGCAAACAGGCCGCCCAGGGAAGUUUUGCUCUGGGUCACACCCGCCUCUGGGUGGCUGCCAAUCUGCCUGCCAGAAACCGCAGGCUGGGCCGCGGCUACCCAGAGUCAGGGCCACGGAGCUUAGGAGACCUUGGGUCAGCUCUGCAAAGGGGGUGUUUACGGAAUGCUUCCGGUAUCUGCAGCACCACUGGGGUUCGGACAGGGGUCUGGGAUAGGGCUUCGCAACUACAGCAGGGCUAGGACCCUCUCGGGCUGGGAGGAGAUAGGAAGGCCCCUGCAAGCUGUCACAGGCUCUUGGUGCUGGCACUGGCUGGGGCUUUCACCCACACACACGCACACGCGCACACACACACACACACACACACACGCACACGGACAGGCACCCCCUUGGUGGCCCUCACAGUUUCACCUUCAGGUAAAUGGGCUCAUCCUUUGGGCCAUGAGGAUGGGAAGCAAAGCAAGGAAUGAAAAAGCUAGUGUGUGUGUGUAUGUGUGUGUGUGUGUGUGUGUGUGUGUGCGCGUGUGCCUGUGUGUGCCUGGGAGUGACCUCACAGCUGCCGGAACAUAAAGACUCACAGGUCCGCCUCCCAGGCUCAAAGCUGGCUCUGCGGGGGACAUGAGAGGCACACUGAAGACCCACCUUCUGGCCUUCUCCCUCCUCUGCCUCCUCUCAAAGGUGUGUACCCAGCUGUGCCCAACACCAUGUACCUGCCCCUGGCCACCUCCCCGAUGCCCACUGGGAGUAGCCCUGGUGCUGGAUGGCUGUGGCUGCUGCCGGGUAUGUGCACGACGGCUGGGGGAGCCCUGCGACCAACUCCACGUCUGCGACGCCAGCCAGGGCCUGGUCUGCCAGCCCGGGGCAGGACCCGGUGGCCGGGGGGCCCUGUGCCUCUUGGCAGAGGACGAUGGCAGCUGUGAGGUGAACGGUCGCCUGUAUCAGGAGGGGGAGACCUUCCAGCCCCACUGCAGCAUCCGCUGCCGCUGCGAGGACGGCGCCUUUACCUGCGUGCCGCUGUGCAGUGAGGACGUGCGGCUGCCCAGCUGGGACUGCCCCUACCCUAGAAGGGUCGAGGUCCUUGGCAAGUGCUGCCCAGAGUGGGUGUGCGGCCAAGGAGGGGGACUGGGGGCCCAGCCCCUUCCAGCCCAAGGACCCCAGUUUUCUGGCCUUGUCUCUUCCCUGCCCCCUGGUGUCCCCUGCCCAGAAUGGAGCACGGCCUGGGGACCCUGCUCAACCACUUGUGGGCUGGGCAUGACCACCCGGGUGACCAACCAGAACCGCUUCUGCCGACUGGAGACCCAGCGCCGCCUGUGCCUGUCCAGGCCCUGCCCGCCCUCCAGGGGUCGCAGUCCACGAAACAGUGCCUUCUAGAGCAGGGCUGGGAAUGGGGACAUGGUGUCCACCAUCCCCAGCAAGUGGCCCUGUGCCUGGGCCCUGGGCUGAUGGAAGAUGGUCCCUGCCCAGGCCUUUGGCUGCAGGCAACACUUUAGCUUGGGUCCACCAUGCAGGACACGAUUAACACCCUGCCUGGUCUGCCUGGACCCCGAGGUACAGUGGAGGUGCAAGACCUAGUCCCCUUUCCUCUAACUCACUGUCUAGGAGGCUGGCCAAGAUGUCCAGGGUCCUCUAGCCCAUUCCCUGCCUACACACACCGCUUAUAUCAAACAUGCACACAGGCGAGCUUUCUCUCCAACUUCCCCUGGGCAAGAGAUGGGACAAGCGUUCCCUUAAUAUUGAGGCUUCAGCAGGUGCUGGGCUGGACUGGCCAUUUUUCUGGGGGUAGGAUGAAGAGAAGGCACACAGAGAUUCUGGAUCUCCUGCUGCCUUUUCUCGAGUUUUGUAAAAUCGUUCCUGAAUACAAGCCUAUGCGUGA